CCAGUGUCAGUCCAUGAAUAUUUAUGAAAAAGAUGGCCAAUAUUAACUUCAAAGAAGUAACCUUAAUAAUAGGUGUGGUGACUGCCUGCUAUUGGAACAGCCUCUUUUGUGGUUUUGUUUUUGAUGAUGUUUCAGCAAUAUUGGAUAAUAAAGACUUACAUCCAUCUACACCUUUAAAAACCUUAUUUCAGAAUGACUUCUGGGGAACUCCUAUGUCUGAGGAGAGAAGUCACAAAUCUUACCGUCCUUUAACAGUAUUGACAUUUCGUUUAAAUUAUCUGUUUAGUGAACUGAAGCCAAUGUCAUAUCAUCUCUUAAAUCUGAUUUUUCAUGCUGUGGUUAGUGUGAUAUUUCUUAAAGUCUGCAAACUUUUUCUGGACAACAGGAGUAGUGUGAUUGCUUCCCUGCUUUUUGCAGUGCAUCCAGUACACACAGAAGCUGUAACAGGUGUUGUAGGAAGAGCAGAACUUUUAUCAUCGAUAUUUUUUCUAGCUGCAUUUUUAUCAUAUACCAAGUCAAAAGGACCAGAUAAUUCUAUAGUGUGGACUCCAAUUGCACUGACAGUAUUUUUAGUGGCUGUUGCAACCUUGUGUAAAGAACAAGGAAUAACUGUUGUGGGAAUUUGCUGUGUAUAUGAAGUGUUUAUUGCCCAGGGGUAUACUUUGCCAUUAUUAUGUUCUACUGCUGGACAGUUUGUCCGUGGAAAGACUAGUAUUCCAUUUUCUAUGCUGCAGACACUAAUAAAACUCAUUGUCCUGAUGUUUAGCACACUGUUACUUGUGGUGAUUAGAGUCCAAGUUAUUCAGUCCCAGCUUCCAGUAUUCACUAGGUUUGAUAAUCCAGCUGCUGUAAGCCCAACUCCUGCAAGGCAGCUAACUUUUAACUACCUUCUUCCAGUGAAUGCUUGGCUUCUAUUAAAUCCUUCAGAGCUCUGCUGUGAUUGGACAAUGGGAACAAUACCACUUAUAGAGUCAUUUCUAGAUAUUCGAAAUCUUGCCACAUUUACUUUCUUUUGUUUUUUGGGAGCUCUGGGAGUAUUCAGUCUACGAUACUCUGGUGAUUCCUCUAAGACUGUUUUAAUGGCACUUUGUUUAAUGGCACUACCAUUUAUUCCUGCAUCGAAUCUUUUUUUCCCAGUUGGAUUUGUUGUUGCUGAGCGAGUACUAUAUGUUCCUAGCAUGGGGUUCUGUAUCUUGGUAGCCCUUGGAUGGCAGAAAAUGUCAAACAAAAGCGUAUUAAAAAAGUUAUCCUGGGUUUGUCUCUCUAUGAUGAUACUCACUCAUGCCUUAAAAACAUUCCAUAGAAAUUGGGACUGGGAGUCUGAAUAUACGUUGUUUAUGUCAGCUUUGAAGGUAAAUAAAAAUAAUGCAAAAUUAUGGAAUAAUGUGGGCCAUGCCCUGGAAAAUGAAAAGAACUUUGAGAGAGCUUUAAAAUACUUUUUACAGGCUACGCAUGUCCAGCCAGAUGAUAUUGGUGCUCACAUGAAUGUAGGAAGAACUUAUAAAAAUUUAAAUAGAACCAAAGAAGCUGAAGAGUCUUACAUGAUGGCUAAAUCACUUAUGCCUCAAAUUAUUCCUGGUAAAAAAUAUGCAGCCAGAAUUGCCCCUAAUCACCUAAAUGUUUACAUAAACCUGGCCAACCUCAUCCGAGCAAAUGAGUCCCGCCUAGAAGAAGCAGAUCAGCUGUACCGACAAGCAAUAAGCAUGAGGCCAGACUUCAAGCAGGCCUACAUUAGCAGAGGAGAAUUGCUUUUAAAAAUGAAUAAACCUCUCAAAGCAAAGGAAGCAUAUCUUAAAGCACUAGAGCUGGACAGAAAUAAUGCAGAUCUUUGGUACAACUUGGCAAUUGUUCACAUUGAACUUAAAGAACCAAAUGAAGCUCUAAGAAACUUUAAUCGUGCUUUAGAACUAAAUCCAAAGCAUAAGCUUGCACUGUUUAAUUCUGCAAUAUUAAUGCAAGAAUCAGGUGAGGUUAAGCUCAGACCUGAAGCUAGAAAACGACUUUUAAGCUAUAUAAAUGAAGAACCACAAGAUGCUAAUGGUUAUUUCAAUUUGGGAAUGCUUGCCAUGGAUGACAAAAAGGAUGCUGAAGCAGAGGUUUGGAUGAAGAAGGCCAUAAAAUUACAAGCAGAUUUCAGAAGUGCUUUGUUUAACCUGGCUCUCCUGUAUUCUCAGACUGCAAAGGAAUUAAUGGCUUUGCCAAUUUUGGAAGAAUUACUCAGAUACUACCCUGAUCAUAUCAAGGGUCUCAUUUUGAAGGGAGACAUUUUGAUGAAUCAAAAGAAAGAUAUACUUGGAGCCAAAAAAUGUUUUGAAAAGAUUUUGGAGAUGGAUCCAAGCAAUGUGCAAGGAAAGCACAAUCUUUGUGUUGUUUAUUUUGAAGAGAAGGACUUAAUAAAAGCUGAAAGAUGCCUCAUUGAAACAUUAGCAUUAGCACCACAUGAAGAAUAUAUUCAGCGCCAUUUGAAUAUUGUCAGAGAUAAAAUUUCUUCAUCUGGUUUUGUAGACCAGCCAAUAUUUCCAACUGGUGAGACUUCACAUAUAGAAGAAGGAGACAAAAUUCCAACUGAAAAUAUUAAAGAAGUUAGUAGUGAACCCAAACCCACACAGACCACAAAAGCAAGUGAUGGUAAAAGUCAGUCUAAAUCCAACAGACAAUUGGGAAAAAAUACAGACAAAGAUACCCCCCACAAAACAACAAAAGAAAUCAAAGACAUUGAGAAGAAAAGAGUUGCUGCUUUAAAAAGAUUAGAAGAGAUUGAACGUAUUUUAAAUGGUGAAUAAUAGCAUUACUAUUUAUCAUAUUACAAUGGUAGCAAAGAACUUCAGUCUGUAUCAUUUUAUUGUACUGGGAGCUUUGAAAGA